AUGACAACACGACGACGUUCGUCGCGUAUCGCUAACUUAUCAGAGGAGAAGCCGGAAGAUGACUUCAUUGCCCCGGAAACGAAGCAGACGAGAGGGAAAAGAAGCAAGAAAGAAGGUAAAGUUUAGUCGCACUUGGAAUGGCUCGAAGCUGCGCGGUCGCGUCGCGGAGAGAUUCAGAAGCUUGAGCUGGAUUUUGUCUUUUACUGCAGGAAGUGUAGAAAGCCGGACUGGCUUUAUAAAAACCGUCUCGCAGCCGUUACGCGUUGAGACCUUUCGCGUUUUGAUUUGAUAAAAAUUGAUAUUUUACAUCCUUAACUGUGUUGAUUAUUGUCUAUCUAACUUUUGAUGUUAAGCAACUGCUCAAAAAGAUACAAACGAACAUGUGAACACCCCUCGUCCAGCUCCAAAACGUCGAGGAAAAGCACCUGCGCCGAUUCCAGAGAUAGAUCUUGAUGAAGACGAAGAUGAAGAGGUUUUUUUUGGAUAAGAAACCUCUAAAAUGCUUUUUUUCCAGGAAGUAGAAGAAAGUUCGCCACCAAAAAAGUCGAGACUGGCUAAGGCGAAGAAAGAAGAAGAGGUACUGCCUUGGAAUUAAUGACUUUUAGAUUGAAAUUUUUCUUGAAGGUUCAGGAUUUUUCGCAGCCGAAAAAAACGACGCUGACCAGAAAUAGGAGACAAGUUUCGAAGGUUUCUCCUCUUUAGGGGUUUUUAAAAAUUAAUACAUCCUUUCAAGAUUGACGAAAAGAACCUUCAAGCUGAGAAGAGAGAUCCUGAAGAUUCUGAGGACGAUUCUCCGGUAUUUUAAGUGAAAAUUUGGCCCAAUAAUUGUUUUUUUUUUUUGAAGAUGGAGGAAGUUUCGCCAGUCAAAAAGUCGACAAGAGCGAAAAAUGGAAAAGGAACGACAGGAAAUAAAAAAAAUGUAUUGAAGGUUGGUUUUUUUUUCAGCUGAUUUCGAAGAUUUUCAUUCAAGAAAGAAGAAAAAAAUCAAGUCUUCGAGCUGAAAAAGAAAGACCAUGAAUCCGAAGAUGAUUCUCCGGUAUUUUUUUGAAAAAAAUUGUUCAAUAAUUUUUAAUUCAAUAAUUAUAGAUGGAGGAAGAAGUUUUGACUGUCGAAAAAAGCCGACAAGGGCGAAAAAAAUGGGAGAGUAACCAAAGAAAAAUGGGAAAGGCUCAUUGAAGGUUACUUUUUUUCAAAACGAUUAUCAAAAAAAUUACAUUUUAGAAAGAAGAGAAAUUGAACGUUCAACCUGAAAAGGAAGAUCCUGAUUCUGAGGAUGAUUCUCUGGUAUUUUGAGUCGAAAUUGGAAUUAAAAAUGUUUUUUUUUUGUUGAAGGAUGAGGAAGUUUCGCCACCCAAAAAAGUGAAACUUGCUGAUGAGGAUAAAACAAAUGAUAAUGGAAAAGUUUCGAAGGUUUUUGGCUUUUUUUUUAAAUGUUUGAGUUUUUUUUUAGAAAGAGGAGAAGUCAAGUGUUCAAGUCGAGAAGAAAAGUUUGCCUGAAGUGAAAAAAUCGGAUACUUCUCGUCCUACAACUUCUUCAGGUAUUUCUUUUUCAGGCUGUUGAAAUUUUUUUUUGUAGGAAAGAAGUAAAAUGAUUUUACCAAACUAGAAAAAUAAUUAUUAUUGGAGAAGUCAUUAAAAUAAUUUUUUCGAAACUUCAAAUUUUUUUUUCCGAGCUCUAGGUAUUUGUGUGAAUUUUCUACUCUCACAAUCCAUUGUGUCAAUAAAUUUUUUGGCGAUUUCAAGAAACUUAAAGCGACUCCAAAAAUACCUACUUCAAAAGUGUUCCACUCAAGAAUUUGGCAACGUUUCCUUUCCUAAAGGAGACUCUCAAAGUUCCUCCAGAACAAAACUUUGCAGAAAAAAAACUAUUUAAGGUCGUCCUAGAAGAGCUGCUGCCGCAAAAGUUUCCUUCGGAGGAAAAGAUUAUGAAGAAGAAGACGGCAUUAUGAUGCCCCUGUCUUCGUCUUCUUCGAGUUCCGAAGAAGACAGCGAAGACGAAUUCGACUUCGAAGUGGAGAUCGAAGGAAAAAAGAAGAAGGAUCCUGAUGAAAGUGACAAGAAAGGACUUACCGAAACUGUUAGGCGCAAAUCAAAUGUCCAGAAAAAGGUAACUCAUAUCUCCCCGUCCAGAUAGUUCAUGAAAACUAUCAGAACUUCCAUCCGUCUUCCGAUUCUGAAUCUGAAUCUGAAGACUUUGACUCGGAUUCUGGGGAAGAGGAAAACGAAGUUUCGGACGAAGACGUCGGAAAUUCGCGUCGACGCUCCAGUGCUCCAGCUAGAAAAGGAUUCGCGCGUUCAAAAAAUGCCGGCUCGCGUCGCCCGAAUAACCGCAAAGAAACGAAUGGGAAAGACCCGAUUUGUGAGUUUCUAUUGGAAAAAAAGAGAGUCUGGCUUUUGGUAAGAUUUUUUUACAAGUAAAACUUUCCAAGUAUGAUAGUCAAGACAAGGGCCCGAGGCGUUUGAAUUUCGGUUUUCAGAUACCUCUGAUCUUGAAACUGUUACGAGAAACUUUGGUCAGAAGUCAUUGCGAAAAAGUUUACUUAUUUGGAAAAAAAAACGAAAAUUAAGGCGGUUGUCAAUAAGUUUCUGACCUAACUCGUCAUCUUUUGUUUACUUAUCGACAUUUUGUAAGAAUUUUUCUUCAGAGAAAUAGGGAUGAAGUCCAGGAUUUGGGGAAAAACGACUUUCAUAAAUUCAAAGGCGAGUUGGUAAGAAUUUUCAGUGAAGCCCAGUUUAGUCUCAAAAAUCUUUUAUAGACUUUGAACAAUUUUUUUUCAAAUUUGUCUGUUUCUUACUUUUUUUCUAUCCGUUCAGGGCCAAAAUGCAGCGGCGCAAACAAGAAACGUCAACCCACCAAAACGAAAAGCUCUGGUGGGGGCGAAAGGUCCGGUGGAUCUAGAGGUCUUCGUGUGCACUCGGCGGUUCGGAGAAAGAACACUUUUUUCAUAAUUUUGAUAUCUUUCCAGGCCAAGCCAGACCAACCGUGGAAGAAAAACUUGGACAACUAUCAGAAGGAACGCAAAAUGGCCAAGGGUGAAAGAAGGAUGCGCGAGUUUAGGUUCUCUCAAAAAAAAGCUUUUCUGUUCUUUACGGUAUCACUUUCUAACAUUUGAAAGCCCGCAAUUUUUCGAUAUUUUUCCAAUUAGCUUCAGGAUUAUGAUUUAUGGCCAAAGAUAAGAUCGUUUUUUUUUUAAAUUAAUUUUUAUAUUUAUAAUUUUGGCUUGAGCUUCCCCGACAACUUCCAUGAACAGUAUUUCUACUUGAAACUGUGAAUUUCCUAAAAAGUUAGCCAGAAUACUUUUAACGUAACAUAUGAAGGUUCUGGAAGUCUCGGUCUGCGAUAAAUUAUUAUUUUUCCAAAAAAAGAAAUUCUCAAAGUUUAAAAAAAUAACCAACUUGAACGGCGUUUCAUCUUCUUUCUUAUUAAAGAUCUAUUAAUCGCAAUAUAGGAAACUUGCUAGAUUAAGACCUUCUGUAUUUUAAUUCAUAACAUGAAUUUCUAUUCCAGUGAAGCUUGAAAAAAAAUUAACGCCUCUAUCAGUAAGAGUUACUGAACCAAAUGUGCUUCUUUAGGAUCGUCUCGCGAUCUUUGGCUAAGGGACGAAUCGAGGAAAUCUCUUAUGAAGAGUGUCAUAAGGUUCUUAUAAAUUUAAAAAAGUGUAUUAAAAAAGCUCGGUUUAAGGUUCUACAAGAACUGAAAAAAGCUUACCACGAGGGCCAGAAACUGAUCAGCGUUGUUGAAAAGGAGGAGCGACGGGCUGAAGCUGAAGAAAAAGGAGAGAAAGGUUAAUUUUUCGAUUUUAAGAAAACUGAAAACAAAAUGAAAAUCUCCAGAAUCUUCCUCGGAAGACGAAUGGGAAGAAAUGGAACAUUUUCAGCCGGUGGCCAAUGACCAAAUGGUUUUUCCUUAUUUUUGAAAUGCUUCAUUCUCCUCGUUUAGGUGGAAGUGACAAUGGAGAAGCAAGAAGAGGAGAAAGAUUGGUGGGCCAUUUAUCUGCGCCAAGAAACGAACAAAGCCAUCCGUCAGAAUUAUGAGAAUACCCAUAAGGUUCGGCUUUUUGGAGAUCUGAUCUAUACGGUUGUUCAAGGCUCAUAUUCUAUGUUAUUUGGCGCAGCUGAACUCUCUCACCCGUUUUUCGUUGGAUGAAAGCUUGGUUCCAUCUUUGCUCAUUUCUCAGGUAUUUUUGAUUCUUUAUGAAUGUUUGAACAAACAAAAGAGACAUUUACAAAAUUUGAAGAAUAAAAGUUCUUUUUUCUCGCCUUGAGUUUUUGGUGCACCAACCCUAGAUCUAGGCGCACCUUCUCCACUUUUAGGUGCACUCCUCUUCAAUUACCAUUUUUUCUUCCCUUGUCUUGCCUUUAUUCUUCACAAGACUUGCUUAUAUAGAUUUUAAGAAAAUAAAAUAACAUGGUAUUAUAAAACAAAAUUAAUUUGUAUACUUCUAUACGAUUGACUAAUCCAUAGAAAACAACAAAGCCGUUUCCAAUACGUUCCUAAAUGAGUCAAAUAAAAUGAGAAGAAGUCUCUUCAUCUUUUUUACUGGUUCACAUUUUUUACUGGUUCACAUCUUUUUUACUGGUUCACAUUUAAAGUUAAAAUCUUAAAAGCAAGUCAUGUCAGGCCGACAAAUGAAUUUCAUUUAAUAAUAAACGAGCUGAAUCGCGUUGAGAACGAAAAAGUUGAAAACGGCUGAUUUUGAAGAUUUUAUCAGAAUGAAUGAAAAAAAUUGGGUUUCUUGAACUAUCAGGGGACUCUAUAAUAGUUAUGAAAUUUCCAGCUUCCGUCCGGCUACCUGAAGUAUAUUGGAGAACCUCUGCCGAUUGAUGUCGCGAAAAAGUUGGUGAAAUGGUACACGGACGCUUUCAGGGUUAGUUUCAUAUUUUUCUGAAAAGUUAGUUGGGUUUCUUGAAAUCAAAAUUUCUUUUCCUUUAUUCUGCUUUUCUAUUUUGAAGUUCUUAUGCGUGAAAAAACUGUAAAUUUUAUGCGAAAUUGAUCUUUUUUCAGCCCCUCAACGGCGUCAUCUCCAUCACAGCAUAUGAAGAACAACUUCCGAAAGGCCAAGAAGCCCGUUAUCCAGCUACUUCUAGGUCUUUUUUUUUCAAAAAUGAUAAUUUUCGAUUUUUUAGACUCACUGCGCUGGUUGCGGCGAAAGCUUACGAAACGGACGUCGAUCGCGCUGUGGUAAUUAGACUCAACGUUUCAAAAUCACUGUUUUUAGCUUCUUUUCUGUCUUCUGGUUGGAAUGGAAUGUACGGCUCGACUUUGCGUCAAUGCUCGAGUUGUUCCUCGAGUUUGGAACAAGGUAAAAUCAAUGAAAUGUACUUAUAGCUGAUUGAAAAAAAGAGGCCAAACUUUCAUUGAUUAUGUGAAUUAUCUAGGCGAUGAUCGAAGAGCUGGAGAAAGACAUGGAGGUCUUCCGCGAACGGAGCAAAACUCCGCCUGCCAAGGAUUCUGGGGAAACUUCGACUCCUUCCAAGGAAGAUAAGACUGGCGAGGAAUCGAAGAAGAAGAAAGGAAAAAAUUCCAAGGCCAAGCCUUCACCCUCGAAAACCGUUGAACGGAAUUACUGGGUCGAGUAUUGGUGCACAAAGCAGAAGAGAUGGAUUUGUCAGUUUUUGGGAAAAAUGAUAAAAUUUCAAGAGGAAUAUUAGGUAUGGACCCACUGGAAGGGACUGUCGACGAGCCCCUGGAAAUGGCCAAAAAGGCAUCUUCUCCAAUGACCUACGUCUUCGCCAUCGACAACAGUAAUUUCAUCGUGAUAGUCCUUUAAAUUUUAAUUGUGUUAUCAGAGAGAGGAAUCUGUGAAGUGGCUCAACGGUAUGCUCUUGACUGUGUCAAGGGAGAUUUCCGACGUCGUCGAACUGAUCCAGUUUGGCUCACGAACACGCUGCGCUUGCCGGUAAUGAUCAUCUCUGGCUUCAAAUUCAAUUUAGAAGUUAUACAUUAGGAAAAAGUGCUCAAUCAGAAAGAUUUUGAACUUAAAAAGUUCAGUAAAGUGUUUUCAAAUAAUUUUUUUGUUUCUGGAGCUUUAAUUUUUUUCAGAAACUCACAAAUUUAUCUUCAAAAAAACCUUGAAUUUGAUUUUUCGAAAUCGUUCACAAUCAAAAAAACCUUUUUUUCAAGAAAAAGUCUUCAGAUGUUUGCCGCAAAUGAAAACCGAGUGAAACUGGAGAAAAUGCAGAUGCAUGAGGAUCUGGUCAAGCGCCCAUUGCCGACGACCAUUUCCGAGUUCAAGAAUCAUCCUUUGUAAAUUUUUAUCCAUUUUUGAGCCUUUUUGAGUGUUUAGCGUCGAUUAACAUAAGAAAAAAAAAUCGGGAAACCGAAAAACCGAAAAGCUCAAUUUUUUUUUACUCAAGUGGAGAGUUUCAAUUUUUGUUCAAAGAAAAAAUAUCUUCACUGUUUUUCAUCAUCAAUCAAACUUCGUUGAUUCAUUUUGAGGUUGUUUAAUAAGAGGAAAUGAAAGUUUUUAUUGUCCUAUUCGAAAGAUCAUUUUUCAACUUUAAGAUAUGUUUUGGAGAAGGAUCUCCUCAAGUUCGAAGCGAUUUACCCACCUCCAAGCGAACAGAAGCCUUUGGGCGAGAUCCGAGGCCACAAAGUCUAUCCUCGUUCUACAGUCUUCACUUGCCAAGGAGAGCUCAACUGGGUGAAACUCGCUAGAAGUGUCAAGGUCCGUUUCCGAAGUUUUUUUUUAAUUAGGCUGGCUUGCAGUGAAUAGACUGCAAAAAGCACAACAAUUCAAAAAAAAAAUUUCCGAUAGCUUUCUUUUUUUUUAUUCUGAUAGCAUAUGUUCGGAUUUCAGAGAAAAGCUGAACAUCCCUUAAAAAAAAAAUUAAAAUAUUCGUUUCUAGAAUUCAGUAAUCAUACAUCUUCCAUAUGAGUCGAUUUUUAUUGCCGAUUUCAGAUUGGCGAAAAAGGGUACAAAACUGUGAAAGCGCGACCAGAUCCCAGGGUUCCUGUCGAAGAUCGAGUCGACCGUUUCAUGGACGUUUUCGGCUUUUGGCAAACAGAGACCUACCGACGUCCGGUCGUCAAAAAUGUAUAAAAGAGUUCAUGUGACAAGGAAAUUUAUUGGAAAAAUAGGGGAAAAUUCCGCGCAACGAGUACGGAAACGUCUACAUGUUCCAGCCGAAAGUGAUGUGUCCCGUUGGAGCGACUUAUCUCAAGCGAGUUUUUUGAGAAGUGUACGAAAGAAAAAAAUUAGUGCGGUUCAAGUUCAAGUAUGAAGUUGAAAGUAAAAACUUAAAAGUAAAAAAAAAAAGUUUUAUCGAUUUUUUUAUUCUUUCCCUCAGAGUGAUAGCUUUGAUUAGAAUGAGGGAUAUCUACAGUAAACCAAUUUUUUGUGAAAAAAAGGAAAUUUAGGAAAAUAUGUGUUGAAAGUGAAGUGUUGUAAUGAACUGAAUUCGAAAAAUUAGCUCUUUCGUUUUGAAAAAAAUCUUCAAUCUUAAAAAGUUAAAUAAGAUUUUUAAGGAUAGGAUAAGUAAGAUUCUUGAUUUUAUUGAAAUGCAGCUGUUAAUAAUUCUUUUUGAUUUCACCAUUGGAACUAAAGAAUAAAAGAAGAAAUAAAUUUUAAAUAAAAAUCAGCGUCUUUUUCAGUUCUUCCUGAUUCGAACACAUUUUUUUUCAAUUUUUUUCGUUUCUCAUCUCUGAAUUUCAGGCUUCCCGGCCUGAUGCGGAUCGCCAGCCGCUUGAACAAAGAAUGUGUGAAUUGUGUGGUCGGCUGGGAUUUCAGUGGCGGAGCUACUCAUCCUGUGUGAGUUUUUGUCUCUUUUUUUGAAUCUAUUUAUUUUUCAUUGGAUUGUUUUUAGGAUCGAAGGCGCUUGUGUUCUUGACAAGGACGUUGAACUUUUCAAAUCGGAAUGGAAUCGUCUUGAGGCCGGUAGAGCCGCCAGGGAAGAGAAGGUUAGGAUGAGUCAAAAUUUUUCUUUCUCAUUUCCUUUCUGUUGAGUUCAGUAAAUUUGUGAAGUAGUUUUGGCAGUAUAAUAAAGUAGAGCAUGUAGCAGAAUUUAUAUUUAAAAAGAUUUUCCGAAGUUUCGUUGAUCAAACAUCAAAAUACUUCCACGAACCAGAAUCCCAGAGCUUUCUGGGCAGAAUCAUGGAGAAAUGAGCCAGAUACAAUCCGAGAACGAAGUAAAUUGUCUGAAAUUACUUGAAAAAAAUUUUCUCGAUCAAAAAAAUGAGUACGUUUUUAGAAGCGCAUUGACCGUAUCUAUGAGAACUGGCGGAAGCUGAUCCGCGGCGCGCUUCGCUUGAACUACGUCCGAAAAAGAUUCGGCGCCGACGCGAAGUUGGAACAAGCUCCGGAGGCCGAAGGGGCCAAGGGCAAAACCAAGAAGGGACAGGUAAAAAUUUAGAUUUUAACCUAGCGUAUAAUUCAUGAAGUUUUUUUCGAGUACAAGCCAAGGAGAUGUAUAUUUUAUGAAAAAAUCGGAAAAAAAAACUGAAGGUUGAUAAAUUUUGAAAGUGCUUUUCGAACGACAAAGAGUUGUUAAAAAUCAAAAACUCUUUUUGAAUAUUUUUAGAAAAGCCUUGAAGAAUUCCAAGAGAAUUGUUAAAAAAUCUAUCAAGCCCUUCAUUAAUUUUGAAAAAGUGAGAAAGAAACUUUCUGCAACUUUUUUCCUAUUUUCUUUCAUUUGAUUACAUGAACUUUCUUUUUCCAGGGAAAGAAAAAGAAAGACGAAGCGGCUACGAAGAACGAGUCAGCGAACGAAUCUUCGUCGUCUUCUGGAAAUAUCGUCGACAACACGGCCCAAGCUCGUCCAAUGGAAGGAUUUUCCCUCGAUGACCUCAUGAAAUUUUAA